AUGUCAUUUUUAGCUACAACAUCAACCCAAUCAACGGGAAAAUACACUGGUAUCACUGGUAGCGGACAAUCGUUUAAUAACAUGCAAUCAUCUGUGGUACUUAUGCAAAUAGUACACACAAAUUUCACACUUUCUUGGUGUGUGAUUCGUACAUUUGCUUUCGAUUUCGCUCCAGGAAGUACUCCGAUAGCAGACGGAAGAUUGCUUUCGAUUUCACUCAAUAGAACAUUAUUCUCUAUCAUUGGUACAACUUAUGGAGGUGAUGGUACAUCGAACUUUGCUCUUCCUAAUUUGCAAGGAAUCGCCAUGAUUGGUAGUGAUCUAUCUUCUUAUACUCUCGGUUCACAGACUGGAAGCCAACAGAUUACACUGACUAUAAAUCAAAUGCCAGCACAUAUACACUCAAUUCCCAGUUCAACUCAAUCCACAGGUGUUACGGGUGCAUCGCAAUCCUUCAACAAUCUUCAGCUAUCAUUGCCAGUGAACUACAUCAUCUGUACAUCCGGAUACUUUCCAUCACCUGAUUCUACUGUACAAUACCCCUUCCUUGGACAAAUUGUUGCUCUUAUUGGAAACUCAAUCCCGAACGGGUGGACACUUGCCAAUGGAAACUUACUUUCCAUUGCACAGAAUACCGCACUAUUUGCUGUAAUUGGCACUACUUAUGGAGGUGAUGGUCGAUCCAAUUUUGCUCUACCAGAUUUACGAGGCCGUGUUGGCGUCGGUGUAGCUACAGGAUCUAACUUACAGCUCGGUGGUAAGAGCGGAACAGAAUCUAUUACUUUGCUCAGUACCAAUUUACCCUCACAUCAACACAGUCUGCUUAGUAAUACAUAUGGUAAUAAUCAGACUAGUAGUACAGGUGAUGGACAGUCAUUCGAAAAUGUACAACCGUCUUUGGGCAUUAAUUAUAUGGUAUCACUGUCAGGAGUAUAUCCUUCUCGGGAUGGUGGCACAAUAGACUCUCAAACACCCGUAUUGGGAGAGAUCGUUGGAUUUGCCGGCAACUAUGUACCACAGGGUUGGUCUAGAGCUGAUGGCAGUCUACUGUCGAUUUCAUCCAAUAUAGCUCUAUUUUCUUUGCUCCAGACAUAUUAUGGAGGCGACGGUAAAAGCAGUUUCGCUCUACCUGACCUACGUGAUCGGGUGAUUGUUGGCUCUGGAGAAGGCUUCACUCUGGGUGCAGUAGUCGGCUCGUCUGAGAUCACACUUGCAACAGAUCAAUUGCUAGCUCAUGCGCAUAGUCUUCCCAAUUGA